AUGGGCAAGGCAACAGAUCAGAAGCACAAGAUAAGGUCGGCACUGAAGUUACAAAACGGCGGUAUCUUGGUCGAAAUGGCAUCGGAUGAAGGCGCGGUAUGGAUGGCUUCCAAGGCCAACGCAGAGGCCUUCUUGCGGGAGUUGGGAGAAGCAGCAGCCUCCGUCAAAUUGAGGUCGUACAACGUCGUCGCCUACUACGUGCCGCUAAACCUCGACCCCAACAGUGAGAAGGACAGGAGGGAAAUAGAGGAAGUAAACAACAUACCCGAGGGCGGACUCAUGAAGCUAAGGUGGAUCAAGCCCCCGGCGCGACGAAGGACGGACCAGCGCUUCGCCCACGUCAUAGCCACCUUUUCGGAUGCGGACGCUGCCAAUCGGGCAAUAGUGAAUGACUGGUGGCUACCACUUUUAUGA